CCAGCCUUUGGCGCCCCUCCCCUUCCUUCCUCCACCUUCCCACUCUCCCCCGCUCCCCUGUCUCUUUCCUCUCGUCCGCGCCACCUCGCCCUCCUCUCCGUCUCUGUCUCCCUCGUGUUCUCGCCACGCACCUCUCCUAAUCGGAUCAGCUGGGCCUUGCGUCCCCAGCUGUUCUGUGAAAUCUCGCCGCCCGGUGGAAUCGUCACCUGAUCGGGACAGACAAGCAGAUGUUUGUAAGAGGCAUGGCACAUGAUGAAGCUGUGGCUACCCAGAAGACUAGAAAAACAGCCUCACCUCCUAAGGAUCAACCAGCUCCUUAUCCAUAUCCUGAUUGGUCGACCAUGCAGGCAUACUAUGGCCCUGGUGUGUUGCCGCCAACAUAUUUUGCUCCAGCAAUAGCUCCAGGUCAUGCACCGCAAUACAUGUGGGGUCCUCAGCCUAUAAUGCCACCCCCUUUCGGGACACCGUAUGCUGCAAUCUACCCACAUAGUGGAGCAUACCCGCAUUCCCUUGUGCCCAUGAUGUCAAAUCAAUCGAGUGUGGAGCCAGCCAAGUCUGCAAACAGCAAGGAUAAAAGUUUCAACAAGAAACUUAAGGAAAUUGAUGGGAAUGCAGUAUCUGCCGGCAGUGGUAACAGUAAAAGAACAGUGUCAUCCAGUGAAGAUUACAGUGCAGAGGGCUCCAGCGAUGUAAAUGACCAGAAGGUGUGCAAAACUCCCAGGAAACGGAGCGCUGAUGAUGGGCCCGGUGCAGAAACAACCGCAGCUGCAAAGAUGGAAGGUGUUAUAGCUCCUAACCAUACGCUAGGAAAUACAGCCAUUUUGCCACAUCACUUCUUUCCAGCUCCAGUAAUUAAGCCCACUGCUACAAAUGUUGCUAAUUCGAGGGCAAUGGGCGCAACGAUAUCUCCAUCACCUGGCGUGAUGGUUCCAGCUCAUGCCGGAGUACCAACUGACUCAUCAAUCAAGGAUGAGAGGGAACUAAAGCGUGACAAGAGGAAGCAAUCAAAUAGAGAGUCUGCUAGACGGUCAAGGCUGAGAAAGCAGGCUGAAACAGAGGAGCUGUCGACACAAGUGGAAUCACUUACAGCAGAGAACACAUCCCUUAGAUCGGAAAUCAGCAGGCUAACAGAUAGCUCUGAGAAGCUCAGAUUAGAGAACUCCGCUCUAAUGGUGAAACUGAAGGACACGGCAGCACUGACCCCUGCAGAACCGUCUCUGGACAAAGCAGCUACAGCCGCCUCCUCUCCCCGUGCCGUGGAGAAUUUCUUGUCGAUGAUUGACAGCACAAACACGACGGGUGUCAGUCGGCACACGGAGCACAGCGAGCCCCAGCUCCGGCAGCUGCUGGACUCUAGUCCGGUGACUGAUGUUGUUGCUGUAACCUGAUGCUGAUCUGCCUUUCUUUCCCCUGGCACACAGGAGCUGAUACCAGCAUGUGGCCCGCCUGGGGGAUUUUGCAAGCUCAUGCUGCUCACAUAACACCUGCGUUACAGUGUAGCCAUUGAUUCCAGUAUAUUUUAAGAACACCUGUAAUUUAUCUACUCUAGUGCCGGAUUCCAACCUCUCUUCUCCCAAUCUCUGGCAGGGAUGCCUGAUGUACCAUAUUUAAAUUUUCUUUUGAGACUUAGCAGUGUUGUAACAUAGGGAGUUGUGCUGCAUGCCAACCUUAAAACUUCGAGAUCUUUGAACCAUGUUCGGUGCAAUAACUAAUGCAAAUUGAAGUUUGUACAAGAAA